CCUCGGUAGGUUUGUAACUUGAAAUCCUGUACAUUUCAUGUAUUUGAACUGAAAGAAAGUCGCUCAAGUCUUGUCGGUAAAAAUGAAGUUGUUGCUCGUAUUUCUUGUUUCUCUUUUCGUACUUGGUAUCAAUGGCCAAGGUGACGAUUCUCGUUGGAAGGAAUACAAGAGGCUAAAUGGCAAAAAUUACAACGAGAAACUUGAUGGCGGAAAACAAGAAAAUCUACGCAAGGCAAUUUUCUUCCAAAGAGACGCCAACAUUAGGAAACACAACAGCGGAAACCAUUCUUUUCAAAUUGGACAUAACAAAUUCUCCGAUUUGACUGGCAAAGAAUUGGCCGUCUUUCUUGGUACCACAUCACCUCCUAGUCCUAAAUUGCAUAAAUCGAUGACCGUUCUCCCAAAACGCCAGACACGUCUACCUACUACCCUGAACUACCGUAAUAGCUUCUGCUUGCCACCAAUAAAAGCGCAAGGAUCGUGUGGAAGCUGCUGGGCUUUUACCGCAAUUACUCCACUCGAAUUCGACAGAUGUAGGAAAAAAAGAUCUUUCUCUGUUCUGAGUGAGCAGCAAUUAGUUGACUGCGAUACUAACAGCACUAAUUAUGGCUGCAAUGGUGGUUGGUAUGUGACAGCAUGGUCUCAUUUAACAACAGUCAAUGGAUCUGCAUCCGAAUUUCUUUACCCCUACAAGGGUUCUAAAGGCAAGUGUAAAUACUGCCCAGAAUGCAAGUCAAUGGUAGGAGCCAGGGUUUCUUCAUAUGGUUACAUUCAAAGCAAGAAUGCCACUGCUAUGCAACUUGCCCUUCAGGAAUAUGGUCCACUUGCAACUGCAAUAACCGUCGUUGGCAGUUUUUAUUAUUACACGGUUGGCGUGUAUGAUGAUGAGGCUUGUGAUAAUUUACCUGUCAACCAUGGCGUUGUCGUUGUCGGAUAUGGCAGGUAUAACGACACAAUCGAUUACUGGGUCGUUCGCAAUACGUGGGGAGAAAAUUGGGGAGACCAAGGUUACAUUAACAUACAGCGUGGUGUCAACAAAUGCAGCAUUGAAACCUAUCCAGCCUUUGUGGUUUCAUAUUAAUUAAUACUUUUUAAUUUUAAUUGUUGAUUUGGGGUAACUACUUUUAUCUGAUAACAUCUAAUACAAUUGGCGUUGGUAAAUACCUGAA